CGUUUUCGGCGCCGCUGUAUUUCUGUCACAAGGUGGCGCUCUUCAAAUCCGCCAUUGCUGGGACGCAUUUUUGUCAAAUUUUGUGCACAGAUACAUUGGCGAAAGUCAAUUUUUGAGAUAUUUCCGUUUAUAAUUAAGCUCAUCUCCAGAUUUCAAGUAAACCAAAUUAAAGGCAAAGAGGAAAUGAGUUCGGGAAAUUCAGGAAAAGUUUGUGCGGUGGUGGGCUGCAAAAAUAGCAGCAAAAAGCUGUCUGAGUGGAAAACGUCGGUGUGCGAUCUGCACUCGCCAAAGUCUCAUCGUGAAUGUUCCUGUGUGCAACCAUGGCAGCUACACAGAUUUCCCGCCGGCAGUGACUGUGAGGUGUGGUCCUUCAGCAGCCGUAAUAAUUGGAUUAAAAACCUUAAUAGAAAGGACUUUGAGCCAACUAAAAAUAGCAGGAUUUGCUCAAUCCACUUUCAGGAUGGGAAACCAUCAAAGAAUAACCCCUACCCAUCACUGCACAUGGGAUAUAAACCUCACAAACAACUAUCUUCUGGCAGACAUGCCCCAAGAUUGAGACGAGAUUUGAAGCUUCAAGAGCAAGAAUCUGUGUCUGUGUCUGAGCAUGCCGUUCAUGAGAUGCCACAUGCUUCCCCUGUGUGUGGAGAAACCAUACUGCCUGCUUCUUUAGCAACUACAUGUAAAGACGCCUCAGUGCAGUGGUAUGAUUUUAGCACUGCAGAUCACACAUAUGCUACAAAUCCCAGUUGCCCCAUGAAAAGCCAAGUGAAAGCAACUCAGACACGUCAGACGGAUACCUCUCCCGAACUGUCCGCAUCUGAUAUGGGUGAUGAUACGAGCAAAUUCUACACUGGCUUGAGUGUCCAUGUAUUUUAGGUAUUGGUUAAAUGCCUGUCAAUUUUGCCAAAUCUGCCAACUUUCAAGAUGAAGCUCUGCAAUCAACUUCUGCUUGUGUUGAUGCGACUCCGACUUGGUUUGUUCUUCUUUGACUUGGGAACACGUUUUAAGGUUUCCCAAUCUACAGCAUGCCAGAUUUUCAGAGAAUGGAUUCCCAUCUUGGCAAGAUUUAUGCGUGAACACUUGAUAUUUUGGCCUUCGAGGGACACACUGCAAAGGAUCAGACCAAGAUGCUUUUUGGAACACUAUCCUAGGGCCACUUGUAUAAUAGAUUGUACCGAAAUGUUUGUACAAAGACCACGGAACCUGAAACAACGUGCUCAGACCUAUUCAAAUUAUAAGCAUCACAAUACAUUCAAGCUUCUUUAUUGUAUUGCUCCCAAUGGCUUUGUCAUGUACUUAUCAAAACUAUUUGGUGGGCGUGCAAGUGACAAAUUUAUCACUCAAAGUUCAGGAAUUUUACAGCAUCUACAACCUGGUGAUGAAGUUCUUGCUGACAAGGGGUUUACCAUUGAUGACAUUCUGCCACCGGGGGUGAAAUUAUCCAUCCCAGCUUUCACCACUGGCAACAAGGACCAUAUACUUCCAGAAGAGGAGGUUACACGCACAAGGAGACUUGCAAAUGUUCGUAUACAUGUGGAAAGAGCCAUCAGACGCCUGAAGUGUUACAAGAUAUUAAGCACAGUUAUCCCAGGACGUGUCAUGAAUGUGGACAACAUUGUCACUGUAUGUGCAGGUUUGUGUAAUCUACAACCGCUACUAAUUCAAGGAGAGCCUGAAACUGAGGAAAUGAUCACAGAGUCAGAUGAUGAUUUUGAGGAUGAAUGGUUGUUUGAAGAUGAGGACUGAGUUUUAUCCUGCUUAGCUACAAUGUAGUCAGUACUAAGUUCACACCUCCAUGAAACCAAGUUUUAAAUUUUGCACAAUUUUUUUUUCUGGUGGUACAAGUAUAUGCUGUUCAAAACCUCGCCCAUAAACUUACAUCACAUGUUUGAAAUUUUAAAUACUUUGCUAAAUACAUAUUUCAUACUUUUUUAAGUUAUCCCGCGAGUGCGUGUGUAACACGGAAUAAUUUGGUGCGUCUAUGGACACAGACACACUACACUUUUCCGUGUUCUACGAGCAAGAGCGGGGUAACAAAUUUAUCUUCAAGUAAACUUGAUGCACAGUAUAAAGUGGGCAUGUGUGUUGGAACUAGCACGCUUAACAAGAACCUUUUAGCGGUUAUUGCGCAUGCAGCUUGGAAUAGGGAACGUGUGAAAGGAUAUGCAUUGUGUAUCACACUGAUGCAACAGUGUGAUAUGUUGUUGCCAAGGAUUGACCAAUAAGGGUGGAGGAUACACGUUUACUUGAAGAUAACAUACAUUUUUGUAUUUUGCUAAGUACUUCUGCAUGUGGAUGCUUUCCUAACUUGUAAGGCUUACAUGUACAUGUACUUGUACUUAAAACCAUAAAUCAUUUAAAUCUUGGCUUUUGUUUGUUUGCAGAUAUCCAUUCCAUUUUAGCUUUGUAAGUCAACU